AUGUCCUCGAGACGCCACUCGCUGAGUGGUCCUCCUCAACUCAGUGGCACAGCUUCGACUCACGAGCUCCGGCAACGAGUCAUUACUUGCCUCAACAAACUCUCCGACCGUGAUACAUUCGCCGGAGCUACCGUAGAGCUUGAAUCCAUUGCUAGAACCCUAAGUCAUGACUCUUUCUCAUCUUUUCUUUCCUGCAUUCAUAACACGGAUUCGUCUUCUAAAUCUCCGGUUCGGAAACAAUGUGUUAACCUUUUGAGCCUUCUCUCGCGUUUCCAUGGCGACGCUCUAUCUCCGUUUCUUUCGAAGAUGAUUGCUACUGUCCUCCGUCGUUUGAGAGAUCCCGACUCUGUUGUAAGAUCCGCUUGCGUCGACGCUGUUGCUGAGAUGUCGUCGCGCAUCACUCGACCGUCGUUCUCCGUUGCGUUCCUGAGACCGUUUAUGGACGCAUUAGCGUUGGAGCAGGACAUGAAUGUGCAGAUCGGCGCCUCACUGUGCCUCGCCGCGGCUAUUGAUGCUGCGCCGGAGCCGGAUGUUGAGUCGCUCCGGAGGACUACGCUUCCAAGGCUAGGGAAGCUUCUCAAGACUGACUCGUGUAAGGCGAAGGCGCCGUUGUUGGUUCUCAUCGGAAGCGUUGUCUCUGUCGGCGGUGCUUCGAGUCGUGGAGCAAUGAAUUGGUUGGCUCCGUGCCUUGUCGAGUUUCUGGGUAAUGAGGAUUGGACUGUGAGAAAAGCCUCUGCGGAGACAUUGGGGAAAGUAGCUUCAGUGGAGAAAGAUUUGGCGUCGCAGCAUAGAGUCCUGUGUCUGGAUUCGUUGCAAAAUAAACGGUUUGAUAAGGUCAAAGUUGUUCGAGAGACUAUGAAUCUGGCAUUGGAUAUGUGGAAGGAAGUAAAAGAUGUGUCUGAAAAUGCUCCUACUCCGGUUAAGUCUGCAUGUGUUUCAGUUGGCACAGAAGAUGGUGGAGGUCUGUCUGCAACCAAAAGUUCACCUUUUGUGGGCUCUAAAUUGUCCCAACUAAAGAAAAUGGUUCCUUCAAAAAGUUCACCUCCAUCUACAGUUUCAUUUAAAUCCUCUGGCAAAAGAGAGAUUCCUAUAAAGAGUAAUGACAAGCAUUCAAGAACGGGGAUGUUGCGCCAGCAAAAUCAUGAAAAAUUCUCUGAUGAAAAACUUCAAACUCCAGUAUCAAAGUCCUCCCAUUCAAACGUGACCAAGGAAGAUGAUAUUAAAAGGUGUGAUUUUGAAUCUUCUAAGUCACCCACAUAUCAGAAUGCGACAAAUUUGAGGGCUGAUGUAAAGCAAGUUUUCCUUAACAAGAUGUCAGACGAGAAAGUGCGGAAGUAUGGUGCUUCAAACUCUCGUGUAGUUCCAUGUGAUGAUGACGAUCUCGACACAGAUGUUACUGUCAACAAUGUAAAUGAAGUUUGUGAGAGCCCACAAGAUGUUGAGGAUUUGUCUUUGAUACGGGAACAACUUUUACAAAUAGAAAACCAGCAAUCAAAUCUGUUAGACCUCCUCCAGAGAUUUAUUGGAACCUCCCAAACUGGGAUGAAUUCUCUGGAGACACGUGUACAUGGUCUAGAAAUGGCAUUGGAUGAAAUAUCAUAUGAUUUGGCAGUAUCAAGUGGCCGGAUUCCCAACACUGAUGCCAUAGAAGACAUGUGUUGCAAGCUACCUGGUACUGACUUUCUGAGUUCUAAAUUCUGGAAGAAGACAGAAGGUAGGUAUUCGACGCCAAGGUUCUCUUUUGGAAGCUCAGCACCUAUAAAUAAUGUGCAUAGUGCUACUGAUAGAAAUGGAAGCAAAGAAAUAUUAACUACAAAUAGCAAAAGAUUUCAGCAUCGAAGGGAUGAGGGUGGAUAUCUUGUGAACCCAUUGCCAGAAAUUCAAAGCGAUUUGAAGGGUCACUCAGGGCAACUUUCGUAUAAAUUCUCUAAAAACUUUGUUCAAGAUGCUGGGAGUGUACAAAGUAACAGUUCCAGCAGAUUUGAUGGCAUUUCAUCAACUAGGGAAAUACUGAGGAACCAGAAUAUCAGGUCAUCCGCAUAG